AUGGCUGAGGCAGUUGUUUCGUUUGUGCUCGAAAGGGUCGGAGACUUCGCCACUCAGGAAGCCAAGUUCUUGUCUGGAGUGAGCCAUCAAGUUGAGGUUGCACAAACUGAGCUACAAUUGAUGCAGGGCUUCCUCAAAGAUGCAGACGCAAGACAAGGACAAGAUGCAACAGUACAAGUUUGGGUUGCCAAAACUAGAGAUGCUGCUUAUGAUUUGGAAGAUGUUAUUCAAACUUAUGGCUUGAAAGUGGCUUCCAAGAAGAAAAGGGGCAUCAAGAAUAUUCUCAGAAGAUUUGCCUGCAUCUUCAGGGAAGGGGUUGAUCUUCGAAAGAUUGGGUUAGAAAUUGAGAACAUUACUGCCAAAAUUUCUAAUUUGAGGUUAAGUUUGCAAAGUUAUAAUAUUGCAAGGGUACCAACAGAGGUUGGAGGUGAAUCUUUCUUGCAAUUGCAUGAGAGGCAACGACUACUGAGGCGAACUUAUUCUCAUGUUAUUGAACGUGAUGUUGUUGGAUUAGAGUUCAACGUUGAAGAAUUGGUUAUGCAUUUAGUAAAAGAUGAAAAUCGUCAUCGAGUGGUAUCUAUUUGGGGGAUGGGUGGUUUAGGGAAGACCACCCUUGCAAGACAGGUUUAUCAUCACAAAAAUGUUAGGCAACAUUUUCAUAGUUUUGCUUGGGUGUGUGUAUCUCAACGGUGUGAAAUAAGAAAUGUUUGGGAAGGAAUUUUCAUUAAACUCAUUUCUGCUACCAAGGAACAAAGACAAGAUAUUAAGGAAAUGACAUAUGAUGAAAUAGCAAAGAAGCUUUUUUGUGUCAUGCAAGAAAUGAGAUGUUUGGUGAUACUUGAUGACGUUUGGAGUAUCGAGACGUGGAAUUUUUUGAAUGUUGCAUUUCCAAAUGAGAAAACAGAGAGCACAAUAUUACUCACAACACGCUAUGAAGCAGUCGCUUUGCCCCCAAAUAGAAAUUGUUUCCUCCACAAACUCCAGCCACUAAAGGAGAAUGAGAGUUUGGCACUAUUAGAGAAGAUAGCAAUAUUUGGAAGGCCUGAUAUCGAUUCGGGAAUUUACUCUAAGAUGAGAGAAUUAGGUAGGAAGUUGCUUCGACAUUGUGCAGGAUUGCCACUUGCCAUCAUUGUGCUUGCCGGAGUUCUUUCCACAAAAAACACUAUUAAACAAUGGGAGAUGGUAAACGAGAAUGUAUAUGCAUACAUAAGGAGAGGCAGAGGUCAUGAACAAGAAUACGAAGGUGCAUCAUGGGUGUUGGCAUUGAGCUAUGAUGACCUACCGUACCACUUAAAACCAUGCUUUUUAUAUUUAGGCCAUUAUCCUGAAGACCGUGAGAUUUCAGUGAGCACAUUAACUAAGUUAUGGAUGGCUGAAGGUCUUAUCUCAUUGAGACAACAAAGACAUAGUCUAGAGGAAACAAUGGAGAAUAUAGCACACAAUUGCUUAACUGAGUUGGUGGAAAGGUGUGUGGUUCAAGUGGGAAGAAGCGGUUCAACUGGGACAAUAAAAACAUGUCAGAUCCAUGACCUUAUAAGAGACUUGUGUUUGUUAAAGGCAGAAGAGGAAAGCUUUCUCCAGAUUGGCUAUUCUUUGCAGGAAAAUAAGGCAACUAAUCCUGUUACUUCUUCUAUGGUAGCCAAGGCAACACCAGUGGGGAAAAUUCGAAGACUUGCAAUCUACCUGGAUGAGAAUGCUGAUAGGUUGGUUUCAUCAAGAGAUGAAACAAAUGGCCACGUCAGAUCUCUAUUAUACUUUGUCUUAGGAGAAUGGAGGCCAAGAAGUGAAAAAGUAUUACUAUCUCCGCUGACGGAUUUCAAAGUGCUUAGAGUUUUGAAGGUUGAAGAUGUUGAUGAAGUAGAAGUAGAGUUGCCAAGUGAAAUUGGAAAUAUGGUCCACUUGAGGUUUCUAAGUGUGAGGGAUAGCAAAAUAAAAAGGUUUCCAUCAUCCCUAGGUAAUUUGAUAUGCUUGCAAACUCUUGAUUUCCGUGUUCGAUAUGUCGAAUUGUUCAUCCCAAAUGUGAUAUGGAAAAUGAAGCAAUUAAGGCAUUUAUAUUUACCAAGGCGUUACACAGCAAGUGGUAACCUGAAGCUAUCUACUCUUGGUCAUUUACAGACCUUAGAUUUUCUUUCAAGUGAGUACUGUGAUUUGAAGGAUGUUGCUGGAUUAACCAAUCUCCUAAAACUGCAGAUAAGAUUGUCACUUCCCUUGGAAAAUCUGGAGGAAAUCUUGAAAUCUGUAGGCAGCACGCUUAAUCGUAUCCAGUCUCUACUUGUAUACAAUGGUUAUUAUUCUGUAAGGAAUACAAGUUAUGAGGAGCAGGGUAAUCAAAUAGUAUCAAGUUGUCGUCGUAUAUACAAACUGAAGCUGGAUGGGCCGACAGCAGAAUUACCAAAAGAGCUCCACAACUAUCCAAACCUCACCAAGUUAGAAUUGUGUAGCUGUAGUCUAAUGGCCGACCAAAUGGGAAUACUAGAGAAGCUGCCAAACUUAACAACUCUGCUCCUUAUAAGUGAAGUUUUUGAGGAGAAUACAAAGACACUGGUUUUCUCCAAAGGAGGCUUUCCUUCCCUUCAAUUUCUUUCCGUUUUUCGUAUGGACGAAAUAACAGAGUGGAGGGUAGAGGAAGGAGCCAUGCCUAGUCUGUGGCGAUUGCGAAUAGGGUUUUGCAGUGGAUUGACUACGCUUCCAGAUGGGCUGACAUAUCUUACUAAUCUCAAGGAACUAACCAUUUUCGGGAUGCCUAGAGAACUCCAUAGUAGGAUUCAGGAAGAUGGAGAGGAUUUCUGUAAAAUUCAACAUGUACCUUCCGUUGUAAUUGGAGAACCCUACGACCCACCAAUGCAUUGA